AUGGACGAUCCCUACAGCUGCUGGUGCACCCCUGGAGGGAGGAUCCUGGCCCCCUGUGCAGAUCGCACGUCCGCACCUCCUCUCAGGGCCGGCUUGUCUUUUGUCCAGGACACUCGUACUGUGAGUUCUGAUAAACCUCUGGCACAAUAUGCAGUGCGAUAUUCCCUUGGCUUUCCCGUUGAAUGUCUAGGAGCCCUUCAAGAGCCGAGCACGAAGCCUGCUCUUUCGACUCCCUCCCUCGAAUCGAACCCAGUCGUGUCAGGACCCCUCGCGUAUGUCAGUGCAGAUCGAGACAAGGCACAUCGAACCCAGGAAUACUGGAGGCUCGGACUUGGAGUUACCGGAAUCUACCAAAUUAAGAGUUUUGUUGGAGACCGAGCUGAACAGCGAGCUCCAUCGCAAUCUCGCUGUACGGUGAUCUGGAAUUUCGGUUGUUCGGUACCCGAAGAUCUCCUUUUCGGACUUGCUUUUGGAGGCUUUCCGAUUGACUACCGCACACGCAUUACGCACACAUCCAUAUUGCUCAGGCACCCCCAUGUGCUAUGCACUGCGCUGCGAGGACAACACUAUUGCUAUCUGACUCCAAAUGUAUCCAUCCUUAGUGAAGCCGAACUGACCAUAACAGACUCAAGUGCCCUUGCAGUUGAACCACCUGUACAACGGCUUUGGAGACACAAGCUUGACCCUUGGUCUCAGCUUGUUCUUGUUGAUUACACACUGAAUCUCAAGUCUGCAAGUCGCGUAGCGAUCACUGUCUUGGUCGACCCAGACCCGCUGCAUAAGACCUCGACAAGACCUGGUCUUAACUACGACUGCGACCACUUUCUCCAAGACAACUGGACUACAUUCUCAACUCUCCUCCCUGAACAGACCCAUUCCCAAUUUCCCUCCUUGCCAGCUUGGAUGUCUACUUCCAAGUUCCAGUGUCCUCCCUAUAAGCUUUUCGAGCCUGACUACCACCCGCAAAAGCCAAUCAUCGUCGGAGUCGACGACAGGCUUGAAUCGCCUGACACCAUCGCGCUUCGCUACGAGGAAGCUGCACGAGCAGAGAACGGAGGAGGAGACCUAAGAGGGGACUCCCCUCCUAGGCUUUUAGAGAUGGCAACCUACACCAAGGCCCAGCUGCCUUCUAUGCAUGCUGGUUACGAUGUGGCACGAUACCCAGAUGCGAGUUAUGAACAAUACCCCUCACAGAGUUAUGCAACUCAGCAACAGUCCGACAAGUUCGCCCAGCUAAACCAGCAAUCUUUCGCUUCCAACAAUGCGGCUGUAGCAUAUGGCAUUGCCCCUAGUAUGGCGGCACCAACUGUUCUAUCAUGCCAACCUCCAACGGGUGUAUUUGGAACCAAAGUUUAUGUCAAACUUUCAUCCCAGUAUGACUUAUUUUUGCUAUCGACGCCGAUGCCAACGUGGUCUCUGUUGUUCGGGUCAGAAAAGUGCUCCGUUCAAGAUGUCUCCCGAGACCUGCAAGACAGCACAGGCUUCAUUUACAGCUGCAGCGGAGAUGCACCUCAAUUUCUGGUCACAAACUGUGCAAGCAGCAAUGUGCCACUGUCACUCGUUCUUGAUGGUCCUUCAGGAGACGAAAUUUCUCGCAUUCCCGUUGGUACUUUUCAGUAUCUUGAAGGGUCGGGGGAUGACAUCACGAGGUCAACCAAGAUGCCUAAGCAUGAGGACACGGCACCUGCCCCUAGUAUGGAUCAGCCGAGUACCUCACCUAAAGUUGAACCUCAGCUAUCAGCAGAGUCUGGUACAAAUACCUAUGAAUAUCCACCGCAGCAAGGACAAUAUGCCAGUGCAUUCCCGCAAGCAAACAACGAAAUGAUUAGCACUUACAGCAGAAGUACGAGCUUCACGGACCCUCACUAUCACCGUCGUCCUACGGCUGGAUGGAGCCCUUAUCCGAGUACAUUGGGUAGUACUGGUCGAGGGCCAUCAGGCUUGGAUACUUCGUUAGUAGGACGUCCACCUCUGACGCCUCUGGGUAUGUCUUCGCCGUCUCAACCUAACGGCGCCCCUCAACUAGUUCGAACAAGCACCAUCGCUGCCAACCCUGGCAACAACUCCAGCUACCACCCCAUCUCACUAUACUCUGGCAAAGCAAUUCUCAAGAUUUCCGGUAAGCUGGAAACAAUGGCCGAGAACUGGACUUCAGAGGAGUGGUCCAAUCGUCGCCGGAUUGUCCUCUUCCGCAAGACGCAAAAAGGAUCAACCGUUAACGCCACCUGCCAGGCGGUAAGCGUCAAUGACCGACCACCUAACAGUAUAUGCAUUUCUUGCAUAUGGUGGGCUGAGAAGGGUGAAUGCUAUGUCACAUCGGUCGACACUAUCUAUCUUCUCGAGCAGCUCGUUGCCGCGCCAGCCCGUUUCAGCGUCGAGGAGAAGAACCGUAUUCGCCGCAACUUGGAAGGAUUCCAUCCCCAGACCGUGUCCAAGGCCAAGCCCGACAGCGAGGAGUUUUUCAAGAUUAUUAUGGGUUUCCCCAACCCCAAACCCCGCAACAUCGAGAAGGAUGUCAAGGUGUUUCCCUGGAAGAUUCUCGAGUCGGCCCUCAAGAAGAUCAUCGGAAAGUAUAGCGUUAGUCCUAGCAGCACUAUAGCGCCGCCCAGCAUGAUCAGCCACCCCAACGGCCAUUAUGCACCUCUGCCAACGCCUCCAGGACAAAGCAUGGCUCCAACACACCCUGACCCCCAUACACAGUAUUCUCUUCCUCAACAUCACGACUCGAUACCAUCACCACGAUCACUUUCUGGGUCCCAGCACAGUUGGACACCAUACACAACAGCCCCUCCGGGUUAUUCGGCCGCUUCUCGUACACUGAGUCCUGGACUUCGCCAUCACAGCCCACAACAGCCGCCUCUACGUAUCAACACAACACCUCUGCCAGCAGUCUCGAGUUACGACAGCCGAAGCGGAUACGGGACAAGUGGCUUGCACACUCCGCUGAGCCAUCAUCCACCAACUGCGACGCCUCCGCGAUGGGACCCUACGCCUGCAACAUACCCUGAGGGCUAUCCCAGUUUGACAUCACAAACAACCCAGCCGGUGUACGGGGCAACAAGCUAUGGCGAACCUGCACCCAGAGCAUGA